CCGGCAGUCAUCCAGAAUGGCGAUCGACUUAAAGAAAAACAGAGAUUCGCUCUUAAAAGCUUACAACGACAUUGUUGAUGAUAAAAAUGACACAGAUUGGGCUGUAUUUGGGUAUGAAGGUCAAACAUGUACAUUGAAAGUUGUAGAAACUGGAGAUGGUGGUUUAGAUGAAAUGAAAGAUGAUUUUAACAGUGGUAAAAUAAUGUAUGGAUAUUGUCGAGUUACUGAUCCAAAUACAGGCUUAUAUAAAUAUGUACUUAUUAAUUGGCAAGGUGAAGGCGCUCCAGAUCAGUUCAGAUUAAAAUAUUCAACACAUUUACGAGAUGUUCAAUCAUUCUUUAGGGCUAUUCAUGUAACUAUUAAUGCUAGAACUGAUGAUGAUGUAGAUUCUGAUUUAAUAACAACUAAAGUAGCCAAAUCAUCAGGUUCUAAUUACAGUUUUCAUAAAGAGAAAGCACGACCAGUUGAAGCUCCUACUCCUGUUGGAACCAAUUACCAAAGAACUUUUGCACAAAGAGAUAUAAAUAACAAGACUAGAGAUAAAUUCUGGGCUGGAACUGAGAAAGAUGAGUCAGCUAGAGUGGAAGAAGAAAAAAACAAAGCUAAGAUUGAGGCUGAGAGACUUGAAAAUGAAAGGAAAGAGAGAGAGGAAGAAGAACAGAAAGCUAUAUCAAAUGAUGAUGAACAGAGAAGACAAAGAGGUGAAAAGUUACGUAAAGAAAGAGCUGCUGAAGCUAAAUCAUUGGUAGGUGGUAAAACAAGUGGUACAAGAUCAAUGUUUGAAGAAAAAUCUCGACAAGUUGGUGGUACUAGUAAUACUGGUCCCCCACCACCCAGAAAACUCAAAAGUACAUUCCUUGAAAAUCAAACACAGCAAGAUGAGCCAGCACGCAAACAACCAAUUGAGCUUCCUAAGAGUGACCCGCCAAAACCACCUAGAAGUAACCCUGAACCGGAACCAGAACCAGAACCAGAACCUGAAUCAAAUGAACCAGAAUCAGAACCUUAUGAACCUGAACCAGAAAAAAAUGUUUAUGAACUAGAAGAAGAUGAACUGCCGCAGCCAGUUCGAACAAGUGCCAAUGUUGCUCCCUCUGAUCUUCCUAAAACCAGAAAUUUACUGCAGGAAUCACUACCUAAAAGACAAGACUCUGAUGAAGAAGAUGGAGACCAAGGCUGGGAUGAUGAACCAUCAGAACCAAGUGUUCCAUCACCACCAAAACAACAAGAAGUAACAGCAAAUGUUGUAGAGGAAGAAGAAGAAUCUUAUGAUGAUACAACACCUACAACAACUACCACCUCAGAUACAGGAUUAACAGCUACAGCUCUGUAUGAUUACCAGGCUGCUGAUGAAACAGAAAUAACAUUUGAUCCAGGAGAUAUUAUAACUAAUAUUGAACAGAUAGAUGAUGGUUGGUGGUUAGGUACAUCACCAGACGGACACCAUGGAAUGUUUCCCGCCAAUUAUGUGGAAAUUAAUGAAUAAAAUCAAGACUUUAUGUGAUAAAUAUUUUUAAAAACUUUAUAAAUUUCCAUUUUGCUAUCAAUAUAAUUUGUCAUUAUUGAUUUAUUUAAAGUAUUGUAGAUUACAACCAUUUUUUUUCUUGAUUCAGAUACUGUUACCAGAUUUAGUGCAAUUCUACUUUGGUCACAAUAGGAUAUGUACAAGCUUUAGGCAUACUUUCAAGGUUUUUAACAAAAUCACUUUGCCUUGUCUUUUUAUUCAUAUCAAAUCUAAAAGAUUACUUCCUUAUCAGUGAAAGUUCACUCCUGAAGUGUGAAUAUUCUUCCAUUUAUCUAAGAUUAAAAAGAAUGAAUUUAAGUUAUAAUAUUAUGAAGAUAAAACCAGGGUUUAUAGAAAAGAUUGAAGUAAAGUUAAUAUAUUAUAUAAAAAAAUCAAACCAGUCAAUAUUAGAUUGAAUUAUGGUUGAGCGAAGUGAUUAUUAUUAUUAUAAAUUAGAAAGAUUAAUUUUUAAAAGAUUAACCUACUAACACUUCAAGAGAAAUAAACUCUGUUUAAUAAAUGAAAGGUUGAAAAAAGGUUGAUAUAUGAAAGAUGUCAGAGUUUUUCGUGGUAAAUUCAUGUUUUUUAUAUCAUGGUAUUUAUUAUUUUAAGAGAUAAUUACAUAUAUUUAUCAGCUGUAUAAAUUUUGUAUCUUUCUAAUGUCAUAUUAGGUGUAUGAUAUGUCUUUCAAUUCUCAAUUUCUAUGAUGAAAAUGUCUCUUUGUUUUCAGUAUUUAAUCAGGAAUUCUUAUUGUAUGUCUAAUCUAUAGAUUGCAUCAAAUAUUAUUUCUAAAUUUUCUAUAGAGAAGUUCAUAAUGACAUGACAGCUAAAUUAUGGAGAUCAUCAUAUCAAAUUGAUUUUACUAGUGAUACAAGAAUUAUUUACCAUACACAUAUUAAAUGCUAUGAAGCAUAUGAAUUUGCCAAAUAUUGCCUAACACAGAUAAGAAAUUUUCUUUGUAGCAGUUGAACUAAUUUACCCUUCACCCUGAACUCUGAAGUUUACACAUCUUAGAGAGUAUGAUGUUAAGUGUUACAGGACAUCACAUGUUUACAGCUGUUUUACAGGCUGCUUAUGUAUAUAUCUCAUAGUUUUCAGGCCAGUAACGCUAGUGUUGAAAGGGUUUAAUGCUGGAACAUUAGUUAUAUUAUCUAUUUGUAAAUGAAUCAUAUUGGUUUAUACAUGACUUCAUUUCAACACUGAUUUUGUUUAUUUUGUUAUUUAGGUAUAGGUUAUUGUUAUUAUUUCAAAAUGUGCUGUGCAUUGCAAAAGCUUCAUUAGGUUCCUUUGAUUGUAAGUUUGAAUCUGCAUUUGCCUUGGAUAUGUUUGUUCACAUAUAAAGAGAUUCUAGACAUUUUAUUUGUAUCAGGGACACAUGUCUUUUCUAUGUGCACCAUUCAAAUUCCUAAUUAACAUUUUUGACUCAUGGAAUCCAAGAAAUACUUGAGCCAGAUUAUGGUUUGAACAAAUUAAUAUGGUAUACUCAUAUUUUUUUGCUUUGUCCAGCUCAGUAACAGAAUCUAAAACGUGCAUACAUGGACAUUGGUUUUGAUGUGGUCAGAGAAUCAUAUCCAAGGUGAAUCUAAAUAUUUCAACUUGACUUGAAAUCAUUGCUAAAACUUGUAUAGACAUCUAUCUUUAUUUAGCUUUUUAACUAAUAUUUUCAUUUCUUUGUUUUUUAUGUUAUUUAUCUGUGGAAAUUAAAUCAUAAAUAAUAUAUAAGUAAUAAUGAUCAACAUUUAUAUUUUAAUAAAGUCAUCUUUAUAAAGUC